AUGGGGAGAGAUGGAGACGGCCAGGGAGGGGACCGCGAGCGGGCGCAUUUUCAGCUUGGCCUGGAGGCGGCGCACAAGGUCCAGCGGCGGAGGGGCUGUGGGGCAGAGACCUACCGGGAAAGGGUGACUGCAGCGAAAAAGGGAGCUGACGGCGGGUCGGCGGCCAUCGGCGGCGGGGGGCCGGGCGGCGCGGGUCGCGGAACGCUCAGAACGCCAGGGUCCACGGUCCCCCGAGGGCGCUCGGCUCCUCCCACCGGCGGAGGCCGGGGAGCCAGGGGCGAGGCCCUCCCACGGGCUGCGGCGCGGGAGUUCCUGCUCUGGGGCGGGGGCGGGGCUCAGUCCCUCAGUCCCCCCAGGCCAACAGGGGCUCCUCGGCGUCCCCGGCCCUUUAACUGGCCCCUUCCCGAUGCCCACUGCCCAGGGGUCCAGGGCCAGGCCUGGGACCCCCACCGUUUCCGGGGUUCAAGCCCCGCCAACCGCAGGUUCGUGGGGAGGUGGGCGCAGCUCCGGUUCGGGGCCCUGGCCGCGUCUCUCAUGCCUCCCCCCUUCUGCCUGCUGACCCUGCUGCUGCCACCUCUCAGUUUGGGAGCCCCCACGUCCACAGCUGAGUCUAUCACCCAAGCCUAUAAACUGGCGCUCAACAUGCAGAUGCAGACUUCAGCCCUGCUGCAGACUUACCUCGAGCACCAAGGCCGUCCGUUUAGUCGUCCCGGCUUCUCAAUCCCCGAACUCUCACUCAGAACCCUGCCUUCAACCGACAUGCCCUUGGAGAAAUGGAAUGGCCUGGAAGAUGGAGUACGUCUGAGCCUCACCCAGCAGGCCUUUUGGUCCUUCAGCCAGCACCUCCUGCUUGCGGUGCGUGACCAGAAUGACAUAAGCCCUUUGAAUGACAAUUCCAUCGUGGUGGAUCAGCUUUGGGAAGCAAGACUCAAGGCCAAAGGCCUAGCAAUCAAGUUGGUUAGCAUCAUGACUGCCCUGGGCCUGCCCACACCCCCAGCAAACCCCCUCGGUACUGUCCCCUUCGGGGACUCGGCCUUCCAUAAGAAGUGUCGAGGGUAUGUAAUAAUCCGGGACUACAGCUUUUGGACAGACCGAGCUGUGACUUUCUUGGGUGAGCUCAAGGCCAAAUACUCUGAAUAGAGGAGAUGGGAAUUCCUGUUAGAGGCUGCAACCCUUUCCCCUUCACAGCUGAUUCUUCCCUUUUUUUUUUUCUCUCACAAGGGA